GUCAAUAUUUGAAUAGUGUCGCUGCGCUGUAGCCAGUGGUCAUUGUAUUCGAUUAGUGAAAUUAUUCUAUAACUUCCGUAUCUCUCAGCCCACCAGAGCUUCCGUAUUCCAGUCUACCCUUACUGGAUUUUUUACUUUGUGUUUUUUUACUAUGCGGGCAAUUCCGGAGGAGUUAACGACGCUUAUUUCAGGUAUUUCUAAUAAUCGACGUGUUAGUGUAAUGGAUUUCUAUCCUAUCGUUGUCAAACGUGAAGUUUUACAAAAACAUUUUAUAACUGUUUUGAAAAAGAGGAAGUAAGUGGCUUUGUUUCACUGCUAUAUGGAUGGUAGAGGUCUUUCCACCAUAGAGACGAUUGCCACAAACAAACAGGUGCACCCUUCAGUUGUAACUAAUAUGAUUAGUUUAUUAGUUGGCAGUUUGAAAUGAAUAUGCAUGCUACAUAUUGUACACACGUUUCCAUCCGAAGUUUUUGUUUAUCGCUCCAAAACAAUUAUACUAAAACCAAAAGGACAAUAUUUUCAUGUGGAAAAGUUAGAAAUGUAUCCUAAAAACGGGGAAUUGUUUUUAAUAUUUAGACCAUAGUUGAAUAUUCAUUUAAAUAUUUGGGAAUGGGCUUAGUCAUUCUGGUUAAUUAUUGUGAUCACAUGACCUCAAACUUUGACGCCUUCAUAUUUCUUCCCCUUUUAAGAUCUUGAAGAUUUCCUCUCCGAUGGUCUGAAAGGAGAGAAUUUGAGCAAGAAGGCGAAGGAGAAAAGAGAAGCAUUUGUAAAGCGGAUCAAAGAGGUCAAAUCUGGGUAUGUUUACAUUUUUACAUUUGUCAUUUAGCAGACGCUCUUAUCCAGAGCGACUUACAGUUAGAUUAGACUCCAGAAGAACCUUUAUAUAUUAUAAAUACUUUGUGCUUUUGCAACAGUUCGUUGGUUCAUGAAUAUAACUAUAGCUGUUUCUCAGUUGUACUGUGCGGAUAUAUCGUUUCCUUCUCGUGUCUUACAGAUACCCUCAAGAUUUCAACGAGAAACGUAUGUUUUAUCUCUGUGUGCUUGAUGUCAAUGUGUUUAAAAAUACAUCUAAGUAACAUGCAGUACAGUUGGCCGAUAUUAUAUUUACGUCCCAAAUGGCACCCUAUUCCCCUAUGGGCCUUGGUCAGAAGUAGUGCACUAUAUAGAUAAUAGGGGGCCAUUUGGGACGUGCGUGUGUCUUACUGUACUGUAUCAACAACUACCGUUAUGAACCAGGAGAUGCAGAGGACUCAGAAGAGGAAGAAGAGGUGGACAGCAACAAUGAUGGAGGGUCAGAACGCACAGAUAAGGAGGAUGAGACCUGUGAAGGUAUGUCACAAACAGUUGGGUGUAUAGCAGGGUGAACACAAGUGUAUAGACCAGGGUUAACACUAGGGUGUAUAGCAGGGUUGGAUUCAAGGAACACAAAUUUAAAUUCAUGCUUCUUUGAAAGAAAACAAUUGGAAUGAGCUAGAAUUUCAGUUUACUUCCUGAAUUGACUGAAUUGAAAUGGACCCCGACUCUGAUACAGUCUACCGUACACUAAACUACAGACAUUUAUUUACAUACAUACAAAAGUAUGUGGACAAAUGAGUGGAUUUGAUUAUUUCAGCCAUACCCAUUGCUGACAGGUGUAUAAAAUUGAGCACCCAGCCAUGCAGUCUCCAUAGACAAACAUUGGCAACUGACUUUGGAAGCCAUUUGAAGGGCACAGCUGUGGGUUGGCCCCUUGUGACAGAGCGAGAGUCGUUUAUUACUCACAGCCUAGAACCUCGCAGGGUGCAGUCAAGAGGUCUAGAGUUACCACUGAACAUUUCUACUACAGUCCAAGAAAAUGCAUGCCUAUGUAUACAGUAGUCCAGCUCCUAUACAGCAUUUGUGUAUUUGGUUUUGUUAAUAGUAUCAAGAUAAACCUUGUGAAAGGGUAAAGGGGUCUGGGUUUUAUUGGCCUUUAAGCAGCUGUCAGUUUUAUGGCCGCUCUUUUACACAGAGCAACUUUGACACAGAGUUGAACAUUUGCAUUGAAGUUGCACUCUGAACAAGGCAAGCAGUCUCCUGGCUGCACUAGUUGGCUGCAAAAUAUUGUUCCCUUCUGGACUAAGAGAUUCUUAACUUCUAUAUCGACUGAACUGAUGACAAACCAAAAAAGCAAAGAUGUGUGUUACUCUCUUUUUGAACAUUGUAAAGGUGCAUUUUCACUGUGAGGUUCAUUGGAAUCUGGGACUGUGUAGUAGGUCAUCUUGGUUUUCGGGAGCAAUUGCAAGAAAAGAGAAAGCAAAACUGUACUAUUUCCUGUUUUGCCAAAGUAACAGUUGUCCAAUCGGCUUAGCCAUAGUCAUUGAUCUAAAUGAUGAGAAUGGAAAGAAGGUUGAUAGAAGGUUGAUAAACUUGCAUCAUUGUCUCUCUCCCUAUAGGUGCUCAGCAGUCUCCAGCUGUGGCAGCUCAGGACCUCCAGUCUGUGUUCAAGGCCGGACACCUGGAGAAACGCAGGAAGGGUGGGGGUCUUCCAUAGACAUGCAUAUAUACACAUACAGUGCCCUCCACUAUUAUUGGCACCCCUGUUUAAGAUGUGGUCGAGGACUUCCAAAAAUUCUCCUUUUUUUUUAAACAACAUAGAACCCAAAUGCAAAAAAAGAGAAAAAUCCAACCUUUUAUUUAAGUACAUUACUUUGGUGGUAAAAAAAAUUAUAUGACGUGACACAGAGGCCUAAUUCUCUUACCCAUUUGUCAACAUGGCAAAGACAAGAGAACACACCAUUCAAGUAAGGCAGAUUUGUGUCGACCUUCAUAAGUCAGGCAAUGGCUACAAGAAAAUAGCCACUCGCCUUAACUUGCCCGUAUCUACAGUCAGAGGAAUCAUUAAGAAGUUUAAAACAACUGGAACAGUGACAAACAAGGCUGGAAGUGGUCCCAAGUUUAUUACAUUUUUACAUUUUACAUUUUAGUCAUUUAGCAGACGCUCUUAUCCAGAGCGACUUACAGUUAGUGAAUACAUAUAUAUAUAUUUUUUUUUAUUUUUUUUAUUUUUUUAUUUUUAUAUCUUGCCACAACGCACAGUGAGGAGGAUGGUAAGAGAAGUAAAAAAAAGUCCUAAGCUCACUGUCACAGAAUUGCAUCAAAGAGUGGCAUCUUGGGGUCACAAAGUCUCCAAAACAACCAUCAGACGCUCUCUACAUGCCAACAAGCUGUUUGGGAGGCAUGCAAGGAAAAAGCCUUUUCUCACUAACACUCACAAACGUAAACGUCUGGAGUUUUCUAAGCGGCACUGGGACUUCAACUGGAAUCGUGUGCUUUGGUCAGAUGAGACUAAGAUUGAGCUUUUUGGCAACAAACACUCUAAGUGGGUCUGGCGUAAAACAAAAGAUGAGUAUGCCGAAAAGCACCUCAUGCCCACCGUGAAGUAUGGUGGAGGAUCUGUGAUGCUGUGGGCCUGUUUCUCUUCCAAAGGCCCUGGGAACCUUGUUAGGGUGCAUGGCAUUAUGAACGCUUUGAACUACCAGGACAUUUUAAAUAAAAACCUGAUGGCCUCUGCCAGAAAGCUGAAGAUGGGUCGUCAUUGGGUCUUUCAGCAGGAUAAUGAUCCAAAACAUGUGGCAAAAUCUACACAAAAAUGGUUCAGCAGUCACAAACUCAAGGUCCUCCCAUGGCCAUCAAAUUUGAUUUGAUUUGAUUUGAUCUCAGUCCCCAGACCUCAACCCAAUCGAAAACCUGUGGGGCGAGCUAAAGAGGAGAGUGCAUAAGAGAGGACCCAGGACACUGGAUGAUCUAGAAAGAUUGUGCAAAGAAGAAUGGUCAAAGAUCCCCCUCUCUGUGUUCUCCAAUCUUGUGAAAUGUUAUAGGAGGAGAUUAAGUGCUGUCUUGUUGGCAAAAGGGGGUUGUACAAAGUAUUAACAUCAGGGGUGCCAAUAAUUGUGGGACACAUGAUUUCAAUUAUUAUUAUUUUUUUAUGUGUGAUACUUUUUUUUUACACCAAAGUAAUGUACUUAAAUAAAAGGUUGGAUUUUUCUCUUUUUUUGCAUUUGGGUUCUAUGUUGUUUAAAAAAAAAAGGAGAAUUUUUGGAAGUCCUCGACCACAUCUUAAACAGGGGUGCCAAUAAUUGUGGAGGGCACUGUAUAUUGUUUAUGUACGACAUUGGUGUCUUCACUAACAUACACAACACAUACUCUGGGACUUUGGGGGAAACAACACUGUUUAUGAGCCUCCAGGUUCUGGAUUGUACAACUAUGUUGAUGGUAAUGUUCCCAUUGUCUUCCACAGAUCACAGCUUCUUUGGCACAGAGUGGCAGAAGAGAUGGUGCGCUUUGAGCAGCCACAUAUUCUACUACUACGGCAGUGAGAAAGGUAUUCAACCAGACAUUCUACUACUACGGCAGUGAGAAAGGUAUUCAACCACAUAUUCUACUACUACGGCAGUGAGAAAGGUAUUCAACCACACAUUCUACUACUACGGCAGUGAGAAAGGUAUUCAACCACACAUACUACUACGGCAGUGAGAAAGAUAUUCAACCAGACAUUCUACUACUACGGCAGUGAGAAAGGUAUUCAACCACACAUUCUACUACUACGGCAGUGAGAAAGGUAUUCAACCACACAUUCUACUACUACGGCAGUGAGAAAGGUAUUCAACCACAUAUUCUACUACUACGGCAGUGAGAAAGGUAUUCAACCACACAUUCUACUACUACGGCAGUGAGAAAGGUAUUCAACCACACAUUCUACUACUACGGCAGUGAGAAAGGUAUUCAACCACACAUUCUACUACUACGGCAGUGAGAAAGGUAUUCAACCAGACAUUCUACUACUACGGCAGUGAGAAAGGUAUUCAACCACAUAUUCUACUACUACGGCAGUGAGAAAGGUAUUCAACCAGACAUUCUACUACUACGGCAGUGAGAAAGGUAUUCAACCACACAUUCUACUACUACGGCAGUGAGAAAGGUAUUCAACCACAUAUUCUACUACUACGGCAGUGAGAAAGGUAUUCAACCACACAUUCUACUACUACGGCAGUGAGAAAGGUAUUCAACCACACAUUCUACUACUACGGCAGUGAGAAAGAUAUUCAACCAGACAUUCUACUACUACGGCAGUGAGAAAGGUAUUCAACCAGACAUUCUACUACUACAGCAGUGAGAAAGGUAUUCAACAUUCAUGACUUCCCACACAACUGUAGUUUGUGGCGUUUGGGAAUGUAUAUUUGAUGUUUUCAUAGUAUUCCAUUUUUAUUGAAUAUAUAUAUAUAUAUAUAUAUAUAUAUAUAUAUAUAUAUAUAUAUAUAUAUAUAUAUAUAUAUAUAUAUAUAUAUAAUUUAGCCAAACAAUGUUGUUACUCUAGUAAUCAUGAGUUGUUGUUGUGUUUAUCUCUCUCUCUCUCUCUCCUCUGACAGACAAGCAGCAGAAGGGCGAGUUUGCGAUUGAUGGCUACAGUGUCAAGAUGAAUAACACCCUGCGAAAAGAUUCCAAGAAAGAUUGCUGCUUUGAAAUUUCUGCCUCUGACAAGCGAGUAUAUCAUGUGAGAGAGAGAGAGAAAGCUACUCUCUUGAUGACACUUUGAGGCAUACCAUACCAUAAUCAGUGCAGUCUGUCCAUGCAACAUUUCUGCAAGCACUAUGGGCCGGUUUCCCAGACACAUUCACCGUGCCUUGGAGAAUAUCUAGAAUCUCAUUGAAAUAGCUUUUUAGUCCAUGACUAAGAUUUAUCUGUCUGGUAAACAGUCCCGAUAAAGCUUCUAUCAUAGUCCAAAAUGUGUAUGCGUCCACACAGCAGUGUUUUAGAAUAUUGAAUAUACUUUCAUACUUUUUGAAUUCUCAGCUCAGCUAAAGCAAUUCCUCCAACUGUCAACAUAUUCAAAAUAAUAGAGGACGCGUACAGGAGCCACGUUGGUUGGGAAUUGUGGGGAGGUGUGCGUUCGGGUUGUGCUUUCCCCAGCAGAUGGUGGUCUCAGAGCGCGUCGCUAUGUCCCAAUGGGACGCCGGACUAUCGCGUGUCUGUGGAUUAUGAUUUACGCUUAAAGGGAAAAUCCACUCAAAAACUAUCAUUUUUUAUUAGUCCACUGUUGAUACACUCCCAAAAUGUUUUGCAUGUCAGCAGUCAAUUUUUCAAAAGAUUGGACUUUCAAAAAUGCAAAGUGUCACUGACCACAUCAUAAUGAUGAUGCAAAACAUACACAUUUAGUAUUUCUCACAUACAUAUUCAGGUUUCUUAGCUAGUUUUUUCCUUCCUUGAGGAAAGUUUAGCUAAUACAUAAAUAUCGUACUAUUUGUUUAUGUUAAUUAAUUUAGGUGAAACUACUGACGGCCGUUUUCUUCUACCCCUCUCUUUCUCCUCUCUCUCUCUCACCUUCGACCCUCUCUCUACCGCGCAACCUACUCCCGCGCGCUCCUGACCCCUUCGACCACCCGCUACCGCACGCGCGGACAGACCCGGCUAGCGCUACCGGCGCGACCCUCAGCCGCGCGAACUCUCUACUACCUCCCGCCGACCGGACCUGCGACCCGCUCCUCUACCUCCGCUCGCUCUCUACCGCCUAGCUCGACCUACCUUCCCCUCAUCCGCGCACCUACCUCUCCUCUAACUCUCUCUACCUACCUACCUCCUCUCUCUAUCUACCUCUCGCCUCGCUACCUACUCUCUCGUAUCGCGCCUCUCCACCAUACCCUCAUACCUCCGCCCUCUAUAGCUCGCUCCUCUCUCUCCUCUAUCCGCUCUCUACCGCCGCUAACGACCCGCGCCGAGCGACGCGCGCUCUAGAGACCUCUCUCUCUUACCUCGCGCGAGACCAGCGACAGACCUCUCUCGCUACAGAGGAGAGACUCGCGACCGAGCUCUCUAACUCCCGACAAGACUGAGACUCUCCGAACGAGGAUCUCCUUACCGAGGCUAUUCUCUCCUCUCGCUCAUCGCUAUCGAGCUUCCUCCGGAUAGCGUAUCCUCCUCUCCUACCUACCCCCUCUCUCUACUACCUCUCUCUACCUUUCUCUACCUACCUCUCUCUCUAUCUACCUCUCUCUCUCUCUCUCUCUCUCUACCUACCUUGCUCUCUCUCUCCCCUGCUCUCUCAGUUCUGUGCGUCAUCUCAGAAAGAGGCAGAGGAAUGGGUGGAGCAGAUAGAUUUUGUUUUGAGAGGUUUGUAAUACUCACCAUUAUACCUAAUAUUUUAUCCAACGCACUUUUCAUGUGAAGUCUUUUAUGAAUAGUUUAAUAGUAACAAGUAUAGACAAAUUCCCUUAUUUCAUUUGAGGCUUUGUGUGGGUGGAUGUGGGUGGCUGUGUGUGUGUGCGUGGCUGUGUGUGCGUGGCUGUGUGUGCGUGGCUGUGUGUGUGUGGCUGUGCAUGUGUGUUUGCAGACAUGUCAGGGGUCAUUCCUUUGGACGAGGAGACGUACGAUGACAUUGGCCCUGUCGAGGCGGAGCCUAUUGACGAUGACAUCUACGAAGAACUCCCAGGUCUACCAUUUCUCAUAUAUAUACAGUGGGGAAAAAAAGUAUUUAGUCAGCCACCAAUUGUGCAAGUUCUCCCACUUAAAAAGAUGAGAGGCCUGUAAUUUUCAUCAUAGGUACACGUCAACUAUGACAGACAAAUUGAGAUAAAAAAUCCAGAAAAUCACAUUGUAGGAUUUUUAAUGAAUUUAUUUGCAAAUUAUGGUGGAAAAUAAGUAUUUGGUCACCUACAAACAAGCAAGAUUUCUGGCUCUCACAGACCUGUAACUUCUUCUUUAAGAGGCUCCUCUGUCCUCCACUCGUUACCUGUAUUAAUGGCACCUGUUUGAACUUGUUAUCAGUAUAAAAGACACCUGUCCACAACCUCAAACAGUCACACUCCAAACUCCACUAUGGCCAAGACCAAAGAGCUGUCAAAGGACACCAGAAACAAAAUUGUAGACCUGCACCAGGCUGGGAAGACUGAAUCUGCAAUAGGUAAGCAGCUUGGUUUGAAGAAAUCAACUGUGGGAGCAAUUAUUAGGAAAUGGAAGACAUACAAGACCACUGAUAAUCUCCCUCGAUCUGAGGCUCCACGCAAGAUCUCACCCCGUGGGGUCAAAAUGAUCACAAGAACGGUGAGCAAAAAUCCCAGAACCACACGGGGGGACCUAGUGAAUGACCUGCAGAGAGCUGGGACCAAAGUAACAAAGCCUACCAUCAGUAACACACUACGCCGCCAGGGACUCAAAUCCUGCAGUGCCAGACGUGUCCCCCUGCUUAAGCCAGUAAAUGUCCAGGCCCGUCUGAAGUUUGCUAGAGUGCAUUUGGAUGAUCCAGAAGAGGAUUGGGAGAAUGUCAUAUGGUCAGAUGAAACCAAAAUAGAACUUUUUGGUAAAAACUCAAUUUGUCGUGUUUGGAGGACAAAGAAUGCUGAGUUGCAUCCAAAGAACACCAUACCUACUGUGAAGCAUGGGGGUGGAAACAUCAUGCUUUGGGGCUGUUUUUCUGCAAAGGGACCAGGACGACUGAUCCGUGUAAAGGAAAGAAUGAAUGGGGCCAUGUAUCGUGAGAUUUUGAGUGAAAACCUCCUUCCAUCGGCAAGGGCAUUGAAGAUUAAACGUGGCUGGGUCUUUCAGCAUGACAAUGAUCCCAAACACACCGCCCGGGCAACGAAGGAGUGGCUUCGUAAGAAGCAUUUCAAGGUCCUGGAGUGGCCUAGCCAGUCUCCAGAUCUCAACCCCAUAGAAAAUCUUUGGAGGGAGUUGAAAGUCCGUGUUGCCCAGCGACAGCCCCAAAACAUCACUGCUCUAGAGGAGAUCUGCAUGGAGGAAUGGGCCAAAAUACCAGCAACAGUGUGUGAAAACCUUGUGAAGACUUACAGAAAACGUUUGACCUGUGUCAUUGCCAACAAAGGGUAUAUAACAAAGUAUUGAGAAACUUUUGUUAUUGACCAAAUACUUAUUUUCCACCAUAAUUUGCAAAUAAAUUCAUUAAAAAUCCUACAAUGUGAUUUUCUGGAUUUAUUUUUCUCAUUUUGUCUGUCAUAGUUGACGUGUACCUACGAUGAAAAUUACAGGCCUCUCUCAUCUUUUUAAGUGGGAGAACUUGCACAAUUGGUGGCUGACUAAAUACUUUUUUUCCCCACUGUAUAUAUAUAUUUAUAUAUGUAUAUAUAUAUAUAUAUAUAUAUAUAUAUAUAUAUAUAUAUAUAUAUAUAUAUAUAUAUAUAUAUAUAUAUAUAUAUAUAUAUAUAUAUACUGCUCAAAAAAAUAAAGGGAACACUUAAACAACACAAUGUAACUCCAAGUCAAUCACACUUCUGUGAAAUCAAACUGUCCACUUAGGAAGCAACACUGAUUGACAAUAAAUUUCACAUGCUGUUGUGCAAAUGGAAUAGACAACAGGUGGAAAUUAUAGGCAAUUAGCAAGACACCCCCAAUAAAGGACUGGUUUUGCAGGUGGUGACCACAGACCACUUCUCAGUUCCUAUGCUUCCUGGCUGAUGUUUUGGUCACUUUUGAAUGCUGGCGGUGCUUUCACUCUAGUGGUAGCAUGAGACGGAGUCUACAACCCACACAAGUGGUUCAGGUAGUGCAGCUCAUCCAGGAUGGCACAUCAAUGCGAGCUGUGGCAAGAAGGUUUGCUGUGUCUGUCAGCGUAGUGUCCAGAGCAUGGAGGCGCUACCAGGAGACAGGCCAGUACAUCAGGAGACGUGGAGGAGGCCAUAGGAGGGCAACAACCCAGCAGCAGGACUGCUACCUCCGCCUUUGUGCAAGGAGGAGCAGGAGGAGCACUGCCAGAGCCCUGCAAAAUGACCUCCAGCAGGCCACAAAUGUGCAUGUGUCUGCUCAAACGGUCAGAAACAGACUCCAUGAGGGUGGUAUAAGGGCCCGACGACCACAGGUGGGGGUUGUGCUUACAGCCCAACACUGUGCAGGACGUUUGGCAUUUGCCAGAGAACACCAAGAUUGGCAAAUUCGCCACUGGCGCCCUGUGCUCUUCACAGAUGAAAGCAGGUUCACACUGAGCACAUGUGACAGAGUCUGGAGACGCCGUGGAGAACGUUCUGCUGCCUGCAACAUCCUCCAGCAUGACCGGUUUGGCGGUGGGUCAGUCAUGGUGUGGGGUGGCAUUUCUUUGGGGGGCCGCACAGCCCUCCAUGUGCUCGCCAGAGGUAGCCUGACUGCCAUUAGGUACCGAGAUGAGAUCCUCAGACCCCUUGUAAGACCAUAUGCUGGUGCGGUUGGCCCUGGGUUCCUCCUAAUGCAAGACAAUGCUAGACCUCAUGUGGCUGGAGUGUGUCAGCAGUUCCUGCAAGAGGAAGGCAUUGAUGCUAUGGACUGGCCCGCCCGUUCCCCAGACCUGAAUCCAAUUGAGCACAUCUGGGACAUCAUGUCUCGCUCCAUCCACCAACGCCACAUUGCACCACAGACUGUCCAGGAGUUGGCGGAUGCUUUAGUCCAGGUCUGGGAGGAGAUCCCUCAGGAGACCAUCCGCCACCUUAUCAGGAGCAUGCCCAGGCGUUGUAGGGAGGUCAUACAGGCACGUGGAGGCCACACACACUACUGAGCCUCAUUUUGACUUGUUUUAAGGACAUUACAUCAAAGUUGGAUCAGCCUGUAGUGUGGUUUUCCACUUGAAUUUUGAGGGUGACUCCAAAUCCAGACCUCCAUGGGUUGAUACAUUUGAUUUCCAUUGAUAAUUUUUGUGUGAUUUUGUUGUCAGCACAUUCAAAUAUGUAAAGAAAAAAGUAUUUAAUAAGAUUAUUUCAUUCAUUCAGAUCUAGGAUGUGUUAUUUUAAUCCCUCUCACAACACCAUAGUAACAGUACACAGCCAGGCUAAAUCCCUCUCACACACCAUAGUAACAGUCUACAGCCAGGCUAAAUCCCUCUCACAACACCAUAGUAACAGUCUACAGCCAGGCUAAAUCCCUCUCACACACCAUAGUAACAGUCUACAGCCAGGCUAAAUCCCUCUCACACACCAUAGUAACAGUCUACAGCCAGGCUAAAUCCCUCUCACACACCAUAGUAACAGUCUACAGCCAGGCUAAAUCCCUCUCACAACACCAUAGUAACAGUCUACAGCCAGGCUAAAUCCCUCUCACACACCAUAGUAACAGUCUACAGCCAGGCUAAAUCCCUCUCACACACCAUAGUAACAGUCUACAGCCAGGCUAAAUCCCUCUCACACACCAUAGUAACAGUCUACAGCCAGGCUAAAUCCCUCUCACACACCAUAGUAACAGUCUACAGCCAGGCUAAAUCCCUCUCACACACCAUAGUAACAGUCUACAGCCAGGCUAAAUCCCUCUCACACACCAUAGUAACAGUACACAGCUAUUUGUUUAUGUUAAUUAAUUGAGGUGCAACUACUGAAUACUGUUUACUCUCUCUCUCUACACCUCUCUCUACACCUCUCUAACCCCCCCCACACACACACACAGAGGAGGACAUUUCCGCUCCUCCAAAGCCCAGCCCUCCAAAGCCCAAGGUGGAACCACCCACGCCACACAGCAAACCCAGCCCACCCACUAAAGCUACAGGUAACUGGACAGAGAGAGACAUGCCUGCCUCUCAUCCUUUAACCUCACCAAACACAGACUUCAGAGUGGUUCAGAUCAUUGCAGAAUCAAGAAGAGGAUGCCAGUUUUGAGAGAAGGCACACUGGGAAAGGGAAGUCAUGAUGACGGAGAGGAAGUCCUGGUGAAAAAGCACACAGACAUUUCACACUGUUCUGGAAAUAACCACAUUUCAGUUUGAUCCUCCUACCUCUUAUUUCUGCAAUUCAGAAAACCACAUGCAUUUGCAUGAUGUCAGUACAAACAAACUGAAAGCUAUUUUUAACCCCUCACACAAGAAAUGGUCCACUCUUGAGUGUUAUGUGGUUACCAUGUAUAAAAGCUAUAGAGGCUCAAUCCCCUGUACACGUCAUAGGAGAAAACAGAGGAAGUUUAGUUUAUUAAAUAGACCAUAAAAAAAAAAAAAACAAGCACACAUAAAACUUUUAAAAUCCAUACAUGCACAUGAGUAAAAUCACACAAAGUCUGGGACUUAUUUACGUUGUGUUCCUCUUGAGACAAGAUGGCUGUGCAAGAUCCAACACGGUUGCACACAGUAUGACAGAGAUAAUACAACAUAAAAACAAAGAAGAAGAAGAAUAUCUAUCAUCAUUGCAGUUACAUUGUAGGGUACAUUCAAAUGGCCACAGAACACAUCAAACAGUUUUUUUUUAACUUGUUUUUUUAAAGCUGCCCAGAGAGGACAUAGUUUUUAUGGGCAUAGGCAACACAUUCCACUCUGAGGCUCCAGUAUACGAGAAAGUACCUUUCCCAGCAUUACUCCUGAACCUGUAUAAGCACAAAUUAGCAACACCUGAUUUGGUGCUGUGAUUGUGUGCAUCCCUAACAUGGGGAAAGUAAUCAGUUAGAUAUCUGGGCGCAGAACCAUAAGGGAGGAGAGGGCAGGAGGGAGGGAGAAGGAGAGAGAUGACUAGUCUGUAUUGUUCUGUUAGCUCUCUACCACCCCUGGAGAUUACACACCAUUACAUCACAAUAACCACCCAUGUACUGUAGACACUGGGGAACAUUUUGAUUCUGAUCCAUCUCUCUCCUAUAAUCUGUCUGUCUGUGUCUCUCUACAGUGAAUAAGAUCACAGACUACCAGAACUACUACCAGGGUAUAUGGGACUGUACAGGAGAUCAACCAGAUGAACUGUCCUUCAGACGGGGAGACGCCAUCUACAUCCUCAGCAAGGUAGGUCUGGGCUGGAGGAACCAACCCUCUUCAUCCUCACUCUCACCUACAGACAGGGAUCAUUGGCAAUCCCUCGAGGUUUAGGAUGAUCUCCUUUUCACAGGCUUAUGGUUGCUUGCUUGAUGCGGGUCCUGCUUGAUGCGGGUCCUGCUUGUUGUGAAGAGCUAUACACAGAGGAGACUCACAUGAUGCCCUUAUUCAAUCAUUCAUAUCAAUCACAACGGCUUGACGUGUUCCAUAACGUAGCAAAUAGUAAGCAAAAAAUCCUAAGCAGCUGAUAAGCAUUAAUAUAAGAGUUUAACAUAUGAGCUAGUUAUCUUCUCCUUAGAAGCCAGUUUAAGUGUAUGUCCUCUUAUGGCAAGUGUUACUAGAUUCUGUGGUAUUUCUAAAGGUCUCUAUGAAUGGCUGCACCAGACCAGACAAACCACCUAAAGUGGUCAGUUAUUAGUGGGCCCUCUGAAGGGUAGACAUUUCAUAUCCUUACUGGCAGCGGCUGGCCUUUAGCCCGGGUAGCCUGGGUAGCAGCUCUAGGACAGGUGAAAGGCUGAGGUUGGUUUGGGACUGGGCCCUCACUCUGUCUGUGUCCCAAAUGGCACCUUAUCCCCUACAUAGUGCACUACUUUUGACCAGGGCCCAGCAGCCUCUCUCUCUCUGGCCACUGUGUGAUGGGGAUUAGUUGUCACAAUGGAAAGGUUUUUAGUGUUCUUGGCGUGAAGCUGGGCCCGCCUGGCAGCGACUGCUAUUCCAUCACUCUAUCCUCCCUCCCUUCGUCUGCCUGGGUUGCUUUCAGCACUCCCUCCAUCUCCUCCUCCUCCUCCACAGCCUCCACGGCAGGCAGACAGGGAGGGAGGCAGAUGGUGGCAGACAGGCAGGCAGACAGGCAGACAGACAGACAGGUAGACAUGCAGACAGACAGGCAGGCAGACAGGCCAGGGGCCACACACCUCUGAUGCCUCUCUCACCUAGCCAGGCCUUAAUGGGGAUGUGUGUUCUCAGGAAACGGCAGGCGGAGUCCGCCACUCCAUUCAGACCAGGUGAGGACGUGUGGUGGGCGCCCAAUUUCUGAGGCUUGUCAGCUAGCGAGAUGUAGGAGGGUUGUUUGUUUGCCAGGUGUGGGGAACUAAAGAGUGAUUGUGUGGAGUGGCCUAAAAUAUGAAUACAUUCAUGGAUUAAACAUUGUGAUACAUUGUUGAUGUGUAAUCAGCCAUUUAAAUAAUCUCUCCAAUAUUUUCUAAUUGGAGGCUGCGUAACCCACUGUACAUCAUUUGUACCUCCAUCAUCCAAUGUCUUUCUUAGUGGUUUAAUGCCGUAUGUAUUGCAGAGUGGCACUGUUUCACAUCAGUCUCUUGUUUGGCGAAUACAAUGUAAUGGUCAACGGAGACUCAAGGAGAGCUCUGUUUUUUAGGAUCAAGCCUGCUAUCUAGUGGUUGAUAUAAGAACUAUCAGCGUCAGUUUCUGAAAACGACUGACCACCUUUCUUUACCAACAGUGCAGUUUAUUACUGUGUAAUUACUUUUUAAAAUCUAUGUUAUCAUUCUAUGUCCAAAGUUUUUAAUUCCAUCUGAAAGGGGGAAUGAUCAGAGAUGCUGUGCAAUGCCAAUGUGCAUAGUAGACAAACAUGGUAACACAACAGCCCACAUCCUGAAGAGAAGCAGGAAUCAAGUUGUCCUUUCAUUGGGUCAGUGUGCAGAAUGAAAGAGCCUUUAGAUGACCUGGAACCUUGGUGUUGGGGGUUGUGGUUCUGGGAGGUAAUGACCAUAAAACCUGUCUGGACACUCACACAGACCAGCUGCAUCAGGAGGGGGAGGAGGGGCUGCACAGACCCACACACACACACACACACACACACACACCCUUCCACUAUCCAGAGACCAGGAAUAGCCUGAGCGGACAGCGGGCCCCUAGCACAGCUGUCAGACCCCCCAGUCAGCCCCGGCCCAGGGUGUUGGAAGGGUGUUGUCAGGAUAUCUAACUUAAUGUAACCUGCUGCACACAAAACCUGUAUAUCUAUCUAUGUGUGUGUGUGUGUGUGCUCAUGUUGUCACAGUGUGGGGUCUGUGCUCCCUUCCUCAUAAGUCCCGUAUACCUACAGUGUUUUAGUGACUGAGGCCCAGUCUCCAGCUUCCAGACCCCAAAACUUAGUCAGGCAGACAUGACUUACCGACCAGCAGUCAACACUGGGCUGGUCCUAGUCAAAUACUGGGCUGGUCCUAGUCGACAUUGGGAUGGUCCUGGUCCACAGGAGGUGUGGCUGGCUUCUAGAAUACACACAGGAAGCUAACACACACACACACACACCACACACACAGAACCCUGUAUCACCCCCAGGGGGCUUGGGACCAAAUGUCAAUUCCAUCAUGUCACAUACAUUAAUUAUGAUGAUUGUGACCUUUAGUGUUUAUGCCAUUAUAUAAUGUGUGUGUGAUGUGUUUCAGCUUGUAGUUAAUUAGAUGUGGUAAUUGGCUUCGGCUCUCUGUGUAGCUCAGUUGGUAGAGCAUGGCGUUUGCAACGCCAGGGUUGUGGGUUCGAUUCCCACGGGGGGCCAGUAUGAAAAUGUAUGCACUCACUAACUGUAAGUCGCUCUGGAUAAGAGCGUCUGCUAAAUGACUUAAUUGUUUUUUUUUAAAUGGCAUCGUCUUUGGACACAGUCCAGUAUUUCAUCUCUUAUGUGGCUUUAGCUCUGGUCCAGGGUGUUACAUAUAGCUAGUAUCGCCCUGGACCAGAGCUAUUGUGGCGGCAUAUACACCUCUAUCAGCUGACUGCACUUCACCAUGCCUGACCUGUGGUCCUCAACAUGGACACGUUACGAGCAUCCACUAGCCUCUGUAUUAUGUGAGCAGGCCAGGAGGAUCACUCUGACCAGGAGAAACUCUGUGCCCUACAUGGGAGUGAUAGUCCUUGAACUCACUCACUCAGCCUGCAGCCCCAGAGUGCAGGGGGAGGCAGGGAGGGGAGGUAUCCUCUGCUCUUCUCAGAUCUCUCCCCACUUUUUAUUUUAUUUCACCUUUUAUUUCUACAGGUAAGUCAGUUAAGAACUAAUUGUUAUUUACAAUGACAACCUGUCAGAGCAGAGGCAUGGCCCUCUUUAUAUUUCAGAUCUCUCUCCUCUGUGUUAUGGCCCUCCUUUAUAUCUCUGUAGAGGAGGGUGGUGGUGGUCUGUUCCUCAUCAUGUCUGACCUCGUCUGGUCCUGAUCUCCACUCAGACUGAGGCUUGCUGCAUGGGGCACCAGCCACACACUGCUCUGCUGCCUAACUCGGCUCACAUCGGUGUGGAUCUGUGGUGGUUCUCCAGCGUGGUGUGUAACCGUGCCUGAGACCUAAAAACCUCUAUUAGCUCCCCAAGCUCAAGAUGCAUCUCCUCUAUGUGUGUGUAUGUAUGUAUGUGUGUGUGUGUGUGUGUGUGUGUGUGUGUGUGUGUGUGUGUGUGUGUGUGUGUAUAUAUAUAUAUAUAUAUCUUUUUAUUUUACAACAAAUGCAUUGUAGUGCAUUCAAUGAUACGAAAUGUUCUCUCUCUGUUCUCACUGUUCACUCUAUUCUCUCCCUCUCUGUUCUCUCUAUCUCUGUUAUUUCUCUCUCUGUUCACUCUAUUCUCUCUCUCUCUCUCUCUCUCUCUCUCUGUUCACUCUAUUCUCUCUCUCUCUCUCUUUCACUCCUCUCUGUUCUCUCCUCUCCUCUAUCAGGAGUACCAGAGCUAUGGUUGGUGGAUCGGGGAGAUGAAGGGUUCUGUUGGCAUCGUGCCUAAAGAAUACCUCAUGGAGCUGUAUGCCAUUUAAAGGCCCACCUGAGCAGGUAUUUGAUCAUACAACUCAGCCAUGGGUGAAAUAACUGUUGGCUUGUUCCAGCAACACUGAUGUGUACUGUUUUUGUGUUUUGUUUUAGGGCAUCUAAAUCCCAUCUUCCAUGUGUGAUGCAUAGAGACUGACCAUAUCUGAAGGGGAUGUUAAACUAAGCAGCAAAGCCAACUGUCUGUAGCAAAAUGAAAAAUAAUGGAUGCAUGUCAUGUCCAUCUUGAUCUUACAAAGUGCUUUAAGGAGUUUUGUCAGCAGGUAUUUGAGUUCAGUAAACUGCUUUUGUUUCUAAGUUAUCGCCACGUUUCCCCUUUUGAUACAUGGUCUGUCCAGUGUCUUUGUAUUGUGAACUGUCUACAAAGAAUCGCUUAUGGAGUCUUUGGUUGAGAAAUAUGUGUAUAUUAGUGGUCAGGCAUAUUGAAUAAAUACUUCCUACUGCUCCUG